AUGAAGACGCUCUCACAGCACCAGCUUCAGGACGCGGCGGGAGCCUUUACUGCGCCCCAAGACUAUUACCACUACAUCAAAUCGCUACCAUUUCUCGGCACGCUGAGUUGCAGCACUCAAUCUUUAACCGCAGGACAAUGGACAGAGGUCGUCAUUGAAUAUACUGUAGGAGGAAGUGGACUGGCGGACGGUGCUUGGAUCAAAGGCACAUUCAAGUUCUAUUCUGAUUGGGCAUUGUUCCAGACAUCUGACCCGAGCGGAGAUAACUAUGUGUCGGCCGAAUAUGUUCCUACAGCAUUGGCCCAAGGACAAAGUCCGGCCACUAUACAGGAUCUUUCGGUGCGCUUCGACCAGAAAGGCCACGAGCGACCGUUUCAGAAGGCAAUCAUUGUUGACGUGGUCGAUGGCUACAUCAAUCCCGGGGACAAAAUCGUGAUUCGACUUGGUGAUAGACGCUUCGGUGGAAAGGGUACCAGGACGCAGACCUUUGUCGAGAAGACCUUUUUGAUGAGAUGGUAUAUUGAUCCAGUCGGCACGUCCAGAUUUGCAGCUAUCAAGCCGGAUAUCUCCAUUGAUAUUCACAGCGGCCCGGCUCACCAACUAAAGAUCCAGACAGCCAGAUUGGUCCAGCCCGAGACACCUUUUCCCAUCUCGUUCCACGUCGAAGAUGAGUGGGGGAACACUACGACUGAUGUUGCAGGGUAUCAAGCCGCCGUUCGAAUUUUUCCGAACGGCAAGGGAGAGGAAGUGGCCACUCCGCCCAUCUUCUCGACUACGCUGCUGCUGAAGGAAACCGGUUGGACGUAUGGGCAUGUUCCGAAGGUUCAGCUGGAAAGGCCUGGAGAUUACGUCGUCAAGGUUGCAGUGACGAACAAUGCUACUGGUCAGCAGUUGACGGACACUCAGCAUGUAUCCGUCGCUGGAAUCUCUCCUGUACCACGUGCGCUGUACGGCGACCUUCACGUCCACUCUGACGACACUGUCGGGACAAAUGACAGCGAGUAUAAUUUUUCGUACGCCCAAAAGCUCGCCGGCCUCGACGUGAUCGGCUACACGGCCAACGACUUUCACAUCACUGUCGAAGACUGGACAGCGACGUUGGAGCUCAUCCGCAAGAUCAACCAAUCUGGCGAAGUCGUGAUAUUUCCUGGCACGGAAUGGUGCGGCAACAGCGCCGUGGGUGGCGACCACAACGUCGUGUUCCUAGAUGACACGACGAAUGGCGCUCCCCUUGAAUUUCCGUGGGACAAGCACGGUAACGUUGCACGGAGCUUCGAAUGGAAUGAGCACGGCCCGGCGGAACUGCAGCCCGGCGCCUGGCCCUUGGAUGAAGUCUAUGCGACCUAUGCGCACGCGGCCGACACGCACCUCAUGAUCCCACAUGUCGGAGGCCGUCGCUGCAAUCUUGAUUGGCACCACCCGGAUCUCGAGAGGCUCGUCGAGAUCAGUAGCGCCUGGGGCCAUUUCGAGUGGCUGCUGCAAGAUGCAGUGAAGAGGGGAUGGCGCAUGGGAGUGUGUGCCAACUCGGACGAGCAUCGUGGGCGUUGCGGAGGUGGCGUCCCAGGCACAGCUGUCUUUGGCACCAGGGGUGGCCUCACUGGCAUUCUGGCACCCACGUUAUCACGUGUAGAUGUCGCGCGCGCCCUAAGGAGCAGACAUACUUUUGCUACCACUGGAGAGCGACUGGUGGGGCUCUCGAGUGUCAAGGAUGGCACUGCCAUUCAAGGCGACGAAGUCAGACACACUGUGAGCAACCCCAUUGUGCUGGACUAUUCGUUCUACGGCAACGCUGGCUUCUCUACUAUAGAAGCGUUUGACGGAUCAGGCCGAAUACAUCAUCGAGACUUAUGGCGUGAAGCCGACGUUGCCGAGGGCUGUCCACAGAUCGUUCGAGUUACAUGGGGUGGAGCCAGACUGUACGAUCGGUACAGGGAGGCCGUGUGGCAAGGGACGAUCUCCGUAAAGGGUGCUCGCAUCGCAUGUGUCCUUCCUUUUGGUGGAGUUACAUUCGUUCCAGAGGAAAGCGUGUCGCAGGAUGACCAUGAGAACGUUUCUUUUAGUACCCGGACAAGCGGAGACUUCGAUGGAGUGAAUCUCUUCUGUGAAGAAGGUCCGCCCGAGGAGAUUAUUAUCCAAGGGUCACUAGGCGGUUAUGUCAAAGUGGGAGAUGUCUUGCGAGGAAACCCCCACAAGCCUCAGCCGACUUUCGAACUUCGUGUGAGUCGAUCAGAGGCCUUGGAGCGGGGUGGGAAGGUACUGGAGUUACGAGGCGGGGCCAACCUUUUUGUCAAAGCUGAAGUGGUACCCGAUGUUGAUCUGCCCCGACGAGUAGAAGGACAGGUAGAGAUCAGUUCCCAGGAGGAGGGCAGCAGCCGAGCCGUCUACUUUGUGGGCCGAGAAUGGAACGGAGGAAAAGUUAUAACCAGCCCAAUAUUCAUCGAUUUCGAGUGA